AUGAAGUUCACUCUGAUCACCUCUGCCCUCUUCCUGGCCACCGCUGCCAUGGCCUCCCCCGACGCCUUUGAAGACGUGAACAACAUCGUCUCCGAGGUCGAGGGCAUCUACGCAACUAUUGCCGGCGGCGCCCAGUCCGUCGGUUCUGAAAUCGCCUCAAAGGCCACAGCGCUCGCUGCAGCCGCGAGCACUGGUGGUGCCGAAGCCCUGUCUUCUAUCCGCAGCGAAGCCUCUUCCCUCGGAUCUGCUGCAGCCAGCGAAGCCUCCGCUCUCGCCUCCGCCGCAGAAAGCAAAGGCAGCUCCAUCGGUUCCGAGGUCACUAACCGAAUUGCCACUGCCAUCGCUACCCAGACUACCCAGACUACCCUGACCAAUUCCGCCGGCGAGCCCACUGCUACUGAGUCCAGCACCAUUACAAGCACGGUUCCAGUCUCUGAGUCUACUGCCGCCGCUUCCGCCACUUCAGACAACGCCGCCUUUGCCCGUCCUACUGCUAUUGGCGCCGCUGCCGUCGGUAUGGCUGGUCUCCUCGGUGUCAUGGUUGCCCUGUAA